CGAGCCGAUCCGAGCCGACCCACAUUUUUUUUUUCACUUUCCGUGCAUUUUUUCUCCGGGGGGUUAUCGGCUCCAACUUCGUAAAGCGACGGAAUGCUCCAUAUAAGGGAGCGGCGGCUGCCAUGACGAUCCCCAGCAAACAUCAUCCGCCCCGUCGGAGCCGUCCAACGGCAUCAUGACAACAAUCGGCCGACGUAAACGAUGAGCAAGCGCGCUACAGCGACGCCAAGCCCAGACCGGGCAGCGGACGGCUCUGAGAGGCCCUCCGUCCGACCCCCGGCCGAAGGCAGCGCCGAUCCCGACAUCGCCGAAUCUGACGAACUCUCCCAGCUCCGCUGCUCGAGCAUCCAGACCGAACAGGUAAUCGCCGAAAGGAACCGACGCAACAACCGCCAGCCGAGCGCAGGCUACCCCGGCCUCGCCUUCGGCGGCUCCAUCUUCAGUUCGGGCACCUUGAUGCGGUUCAGGGUGAUCGCCAACGAACUGCACAACAUCACCAACGUACAAUUGAAGCGUGCCGAAGGCGAGGUGUCUGCCCUUCGAAACCGAAUUCAAGCGUUGGAAGAAAACCUGGGGAAGGAAGAGAGCGAACUCAAGCAGGCGACGCAGGAGGUGACUCAAGCCAGGAUCGAAACUCAAAGGGACUGCGAGGAUCAGGAGGAUCCCGCCGAGAUGUCGCUGCUCGACAGCCAGCUGGUCGAAUCGAAGCAGAGGUACGAGGCCAUGUCGCGGCAGAUCGCGCUGCUAGACGCUCAGUUUGAGCCGCCGAGCAAGUGAGAAGUAUGUGCCGGAAUAUGCGGCCGUGUCAGUGACCCGUUUCUUGUUGUUCCGAGUCGUGAAAGUUCGUCCGUCGUGUUGCCUUGUUCCGCGGUGAAAGUGGCCGGGGACUUCCGUUUCCGCAAAAGUCGGCGAGUGCCGGUCGUGUUUCGUGACUGCCUGCCUCCUGUCGUGGCGUCAUACGUUGCGGUGGCCCUGAUUGGCUGUGGUGGUGGGCACUGCACAUGCGCAGUGUCAUGCUCUGUGAAUUGCCCGGAGUCUGCUUCUCAGCUGCGCUACGCAACCGUGGGUCUCGUUUGUAAGAAUGUGUAGCUGGUUGUCACGUGACAUACAUCAAGUUGUUUGGGGGCUAGCACCUCUUGCAAAGUUAGGUUUUCAACCUUGAUGGCACAUACCAUGUCAAAAGGUUGCAUCUGACCAUUUUGUCACAUAUGCUGUAUUUUUGUGCCCUGCUGCCUACCUGGUUUUCCUCGUUAAUAGUGGUGGUAGGAUAUGCAACGUCCGCUGAUUUGAUUAGUGGUUGAAGUAGUUUUAUUCGAGAAGUAUUUCUGGGCUGACCCGACAAAAGUUGGGAAUUUAAUUGCACUCUUUUGAAUGAAAAGGUGAAAAGUCUUAAAUUUAUAUUUUUUGGUUUCAUCUUAUGUCUACUUCUCUAUUAUAGUUGCUUAAUGGUUGAUUACAUGAGCAGCUUAAACACAUUAGAUUGGCAGUUUCUGUUGUAACCAACGGUCACCAUAACAUAUACCACAGUGAAGGCUGCGGGCACAAGGUCGUAACCUUGGUAUGUGCUCCUGCUGCCCAAGAGCUCAUGCAAAUAAGAUAGAUUCUGAAGCAAGACGGUAGCACUUGAAGCUUUGACUGCAGUACUUGUUAAGAUAAGACGAUGCAGGGUGCUGCCUGCCAUUACAAUUGAAGCAAUUCACCACCAUGCAGCUGUAGUCAAGUCACAAACAUGGUUGUGUGAACUGCGCUGGCAAACAGUCCUCGUAAGAAACAUUUGGAUCACUGUCGACCAGGGAAGCUGGAUCAGAAGAUUUGUUGUGCCUAUGCUGUGCUUGCAGCAAUCCAUGUGACAAGUGCAUUGUCGAGAGAAAGAGAGAGAGAGGAGAAGAAAUCGGUAGGAUAGGAGAAAGUUGUGUGACUUAUUGACAAGCUUGCAAUGCCUUGUCUGCGGCCGCGUGUUUCUACGUGUUGCUGUGGCUGCCAUUGGGGAGGUUAAAUGGAAAGGGGAUAAGAGGAGGGUUAAUGAGAUUAAGCACUGACCAUUGCAAGUUGGCUAGCAAAGCACUUCUGCCACAACCUUUGUCACAUGACAUUAGCCCACCACCUUUUGAAGCCACCUUGCAGCCAUGAUUCGGUCCAGUACGCUGCUGAGAACAGAGAUGGUUGGUGUCAUGACUUGGAAGCUCUGUAAGUACUUGCAGGGAUGAUAGACUACGAGCCAUCAAUGAUUAACUCCUACUUCAAGAUCUGUUUUUAUUUUAUCCUCAAAACUACACAAAGUCUCAUUGUUGAUGUUGAAAGUUUAAGCAUGCGUCUUCCAGUGGGAUUUCUCUUAUGCAUGGCUGCUGAUUAUGAACCUCCAGCUUAGGUACCCUAGGUUAUAUGGCAAAAUACGAGAUAUGUUAGAUUCUAAGCUGCUUUAGUAUGGGUGAUGAUAAGACCAUCUACAUGGUAUUGUGCUCUCUCAAGUGAGGAAAACCAAUUCCAACCUUAGUUCUCCAAUAGCUCUGUUGUUAGUGUCCCCAAACAACAUCAUGAGAGGAGAAAAAUUGGGGACUGUAUUCUCUAUCUUGUCGGAGCACUUCACCACGGCUGUGCUCGGUGUCUAGAUAAUCUUAUUUUAUCUCAAACAACUCGGAGAAGAAAAUGCAGAGGCCUGCUAAUAGCAGCAGUUGGUCGAAGAUCAAGCCGUACCUUGGCAUGCAUACUCGACUGUCAACACAGUCUGCAUUACCUUAUCUCCUGUGCAAUCUCUUGUACAAACGCUGCAUUCCUCACCCCUUUCGACUUGAAUGCUCUCGCCGUUUUUUUCUGCAGCCUAAUUAAGUCAUUUUAUGCAUAGAAAGUAGAGGUUGGUGUGCCUUGAUUGGCAUGCAUAUUAUUGUUACUGACACGCCAUGGUGGUUUUUCAUUUACUCGGCCAUACGAUGGUUUUGCCAAUACCGCAUGAAGUGCCUUCAACGACAAACCUGUGAUCUUUACUGCCUUUCGCAAUGAAGUUGAUAGUGGUAGCAGGCAUUUCUAACAUUUUUUCACAUGACGUGAAUUUCUCAUGGUGUGGAUUCCGAUCGACAGUGUCGUCCUACGAACGGCAGCUUUUUUAUUACGACAAUGGUUUUACUGCAUGGGCAUAUGUGCAUUAAUUACUCUCGGCUUUCUUGUGCCAAGCACUGGAUGUGAAAAACAAACCAAGGAAGCCUUCUCACGGGUUACCACAGUCUGCUCCGAGUUCCUCUUUUUGAGCCUUGUCCCAUUUAUGGAGGUUCUUUAUAGUGUCUCCGGAUGGCUUCUACUGUUAUUUUGCAGGAUCUCUUUUCCUUCAUACUUUGUUCACGGGCAUUGCGUGUUGUGGCUGCAAAGAAACGGUACUGCUUGUCGUGUUAUUGGUGUUCUGACGCAGGCGACUUUUUUUAGCCUCGAAAGAUUGCAUAGUGCGUUCACCUUGUUAUCUGUAUUUUCUGGCCAAAGACUACACGCAACCUAUAUGGUCUCUACCACAAACGUGCCUUUACUGACUUCACUCAUGUAACCCUGGCUAACUGUUCGCCAGGGCAUCUAACUAUUAGCAUGUGACCCGAUACGGCUCUAUCAAAUGUCAUGCCUGGUAUGAUUUGAUCAGCACAAUCUACAGAUCAGCCCUGAAAAGAUUCUCGAAGUCCAGUGUCCGUUACAGCAGAUGUCACGAAUCAAUUUGAUAACUUAGUCUGGCAUCUAGAUUUUUCUUUACACAUGUGCAUCUCUUAUUAUAGAACCUAUUGGCACGACUUUUGAAUGGCAAAUGGUGCAGACAUAUACAUUUGAAGAAUUUGUUCUGAAGCAAUCUAUGCAAACAAGGUCCGAGAUGUUACAAAUGUUGGCGUCCUUGGGGCGGUAUCUUUACAGCACUGUUUUCCAGUGUUUUAAAUAUUUUAUAUAUAAAGUUUUCAAUUAAAUAUAUUUAGAGUACAGCAUUGA